CCUAAACUUCUGGAAAUGUACAUAUGCACCUACCUUUAUGGGAGACGAAUCGGAACUACUAGCGGAUGAUUGCCGAGGAGAAAGGGGAAAGCUCGAGAGAGGGACGAUGUGGGAAUCCAUAUGCUUGACGCUCAUGGCGGCGGCGGGAAACAACAUCGGCAAGGUUCUCCAAAAGAAGGGCACUGUCAUCCUCCCUCCACUCUCCUUCAAGCUCAAGGUGAUCAGAGCAUACAUUUUGAAUAAACUGUGGGUAAUAGGAUUUCUCAUGGAUAUAUUUGGGGCCAUCUUGAUGUUGAGAGCUUUGUCUCAAGCUCCGGUCUCUGUAAUACAACCUGUAUCUGGUUGUGGGCUUGCUAUACUGUGUGUCUUCUCUCAUUUUUAUCUCAAGGAAGUUAUGAAUGUUCUUGAUUGGGUAGCAAUUACGCUAGCUGGUGCUGGCACGAUAGGAGUUGGCUUUGGAGGACAGGAGCAAAGUAUUGCUGCAGUCUCUCUUUACCGCUUACCUCUGCUUGGUUUCUCAGUUGCUUUGUUGUUUGCACUUUUGAAUGCAUUGCUUCGCAUCUACAAGAGUCAAAGGCAAGAGCAGGAGCUGAUGCAUUCUGAAGUAAUUGAAGAAAUUAUAUUUGGUUUGGAGUCGGGCAUUCUAUUUGGAAUGGCAUCUGUCAUAUCAAAAAUGGGCUUUGUACUUACGGAGCAGGGCUUCUCAAAGUUGAUGGUGCCUAUGUGCAUUUCCAUUAGUUUCUGCUUCAGUGCCACUGGUUUUGUUUACCAGACCCGAGGUCUAAAGCAUGGAAGAGCUAUCGUGGUAUCCACAUGUGCAGCUGUAGCAGCGAUUGUUACUGGCGUUCUGUCUGGUAUGAUUGCUCUGGGCGAACAUAUGCCUUCUUCUCCAGUCGCUCGGAUGUCUCUCUUGCUAGGAUGGUUCUUCAUCAUUCUCGGAGUAAUACUGCUUGUGAGUUCGUCUCGAUUGAUCUCGCUUCUACCUCGGCGUUGGCAGCACCAUCUCAAAAGUAACCUGGAGAGGAAUCACAGUCUGAGACGGUUUGGUUCAGUCCGGAUUAAAGAUCCUACUAGCCCGAGCGCAAUUAUCCAUACAUCAACUCUUCAUCAUCUGAUAACAUCUCCAGCCAAAACAAAGCCCUGAUGUAUCUCGAAGAAACUCGACAACUUUUUGACAGGAUAUUUCUUUCUGCCAUAAAUACUCAAAUAAAGAAUCAUUUAUUUCGAACCUCUACUAGUUGUAACAAUUAAGACGUACAAUUAGAAGAUCUUAAACUUGAAUUGGUCUCACAGACACAGUAGAAGUUGAAGCAUUCAUUUUGUACUUUUAUAGUUGACUUAAAAUUACGUUUAAAUGCAAAUUUUUCAGUUUAAAAAAUAAUUAAUUAUUCAUCAUCAA